AAACCUCCUCCGACUGUGCCUCCAAAUCCGCAACAAUCCUCCCACGAUGUUCGGCGCAUUUCGCUUCACGAAUCCUCUAUCUGGUGGCCUUCUAUGGAAGGUUCCCUGGAGGAUGUCCAAGUUCCAGAAGCGCCGCCACAGACUUCGCCUCCGAGCCGUCGACGAUGUUGUAGCUACCGUUGACGCUGCUCUCGCCAAGAAGGGACAGACUCUCGAGGCCCUCGACCGAUGGAAGGCUGAGAUGCCUACUGAGGCUGAAAUGCUGCCAAGGGAUAAAUACACCAUGUUUGACCGCAAGGCUAAGCGUUACCGCAAGGGUAUUCACAAGCUACCCAAGUGGACAAGGGUGUCACAACGAGUCAACCCCCCUGGUUACUAGAGAAUCGAUUUCACGAGGUCGAAAAAGCAGGACUACCAGGUCGAAGAUCAUAUGGAGAACGGCGUAUUCAUCCCACAGUGGGAAUUACAAGCAGAUCCAUGCUGGGGUCCAUGUACAACACCUUUGUUUCAAUUACGAAUUGCGAGAUAAUGACAAUAUUUGCCAAAAUACAUCACAAAAGCUUUGGCGGCAG